CUCCCUGUAACUUUCUCUGGCUCUGCCCGCCGGCGGCGGCGGCGGCGUCGGGCCCGGGGCAGCUCCCGCGCAUCCCUCCCCGCGCCGCGCUCUCUCGGUGCCCCGCCCGCAGCUCCCUGGCCCCGCGGGACCUGAGCCCUCCCCGCCCUCCCUGGCACUGGGCAUGCCCCGAGCCGGGGCUAUAUAAAGCCCGGGCGCCUCUAAUCCCCGUACACUGGUACGAGCCCAGGCCAGCCCUGGCCAGCGAGCCGCGCCGCCCCCUGCUCACCCAGCCUCUUCAUCUGCAAGAUGGUGAGUCCACUUUCUCCCUCCCUCCUCCCCGGCCCCCUCCCCAAACCCCACACAUCUGGGGCACCGGAGGUGGCCCCCACUCCUGCCACGGCUGGGACUCGGCUCCGGGACGGCUUCCUCCGCCUGAACCCUAAUGGCGAUUUCCCCCAGACCGCCGUGCCUGGCAGAAGGGCAUCGGGGCCAUUCUGUGCCAUCAGCCUCCUGCUCCUGGUGGGAGGGACGGGGCAGGGUGUGAUGUUCCCGUCUCAUGUGGAGCCCGGAGUGGGGGGAGCAGCCGGUCACACGGGCAAGAGCCGGGGGAGAGCAGGGCCUGGCUUCUGGUUCCAGAGCAGGGACGAGACCCUUCUAGGCUUCCAGUCCAGCUCGUCACUGAACAGAGAUACCCACAACCCCUCUGACUUGCAGACUUCCGGGGACGGGGAACUCGCUACCUGAGGAAGCGAUCUCAGGGCGGCUUCGUUGGCAGGGAGUUUCCUCUGCCUUCUAGGCCUGCCCUCUGGGCCAAGCCCGGCCCUCCUGAGCCCUGGCCGCGGGCAGGGACGGCCUUGCUCAGGUGCCCGGGGAGGGGGAAAGCGUGCUGGGCUUGGUGCUGGAAAGAUCGGGUUUCAGAUGCCAGGAGCUGCCAUCGCCCCGGCCUGGCAGAACCGAGGCUGGGAGGUGGCUCCGCUGGGGCACCUCCCUUCCCUCUCGUACCUCAGUUUCCUCAUUUGUGCCCCUCCCGAGGCUGAGCGAGGCCCUUCCCAUGAAGCGCUUUGCAGACCUGAGACGGCUGGGCCCGGGUCGCCACCGCCUCGGACCCGGGCCUCCGGGGAGUCUCAGAAGCCCCUGAGCCCUCACUUCCCAGAGGAGGAAACGGAGGCCCAGAGUGGCGCCGGCUGAGGCCGCCCGGUGCGGGGAUGGCCCGGGACUCGUGUCGGGGAGGCGCCGUCCCCGCUCCGACCGUGGGCGAAUAUCGGGGGCGGGAUGUGAACCCGCCUCCCGCCCGGGCCUCCAGCCGCCCAAGCUGCCUCUCGGAGUUCAGUAAAAGCCUCCCCGAAUUUAAUAAGAGUAAUCCAGUAGUCAGUUAAUUAAUCCCCAACCCAGUAAGAACAUCCCUGGUGCCGCCCACCUUCCUGGGGGAGCCAGUCAUGGCGGCAGGCCCCCUGCUUUUCCCUUUCCCCCCGGGAGGUCGCCGGGCACCCCGCCGGGGAGAAGGCCAGAGAACCUUUCUUUGGCCGCUCCCUUCUUACAUGCUUGACACCUUGUGGGCCGGACCCCGCCGCUCCCUGCCUCAGUUUCCUUCUCUGUAAAAUACUGACGUUGGCGCCCAUAGCCUCGAAGGCCACUUCCAGCCCUCCCCCUGAUCCCAGAAAGCCCCAGUGCGGGCCCUGCUCACAGCGGGCGCCUGCACAUGUUCGAAGGCCGCUUUCCCCGCGCUCCCGGACGCCCGGGCCGUCCCCCGCCUCCACAGCGGGCCGGGCGCUGUCCAGCUGACACUCCUCCUCCGGGAUCCCGAUCCACGCCCUCCUCGGGGUCCCCGUCCCCCCUUUCUGCCUCUCUCUGCCCCCCUCCCCCCCAAUCUGAACCUCUCUCCCUCAAGCUUUCCUUCGGUCAGAUGCGCCCAGACCUGGCCCGGCCCGUGGCCGCCAAAGACCCGGAGGACGAGGGCUGCGGGGAGCAGCACGGGGACCCGGAGCUGCCUCCCAGGGGGCCCCUGCUGGGCUCCUGGCAUCAGGACGUGAACCUGGCUUGUAAGAGCUGCCCCGAGGAGGGCGCGUCCCGGGCGUGGACCACCUUCUACUACGACCUUUUACAGAGCUGCCUGCAGCAGGCCGGCCUGCCCGAGACGGGGGACCGCAGCCUAGCGCCUCGCCCAGGCUGCCCCGGGGCCGAGGUGACCAUGUGCAUUCUGGGCUCUCCCAGUUCCUUCUUCUCCGUGCUCCUGGAGGGCGGGGCCCAGAGCCCAGGAAACUCGCUGCUGUGUCUCUCUCCAUCCUGGCUGAGCAAAGUGCCCGUGGCCGGAAAGCCGGGGGACGCGGCCCUUCUGGUCUCCAAGGCCGUGGCCUUCUACCCGGGGGGCCUCUCCUUCCUGGAGGAGUUCGCCCCCCCGAGGCGCGUCACCUACUUCCUGGGGGAGCUGGGGCCCAGGGCCGGCCGGGGCCGGGAGGCGGCGGAGCUGAGCCGGGACCUGGGCUGCCCCGCGGGGGGCUCGGCCGAGCUGGCCCGCCUCCUGGAGGACCGGCUGCUCGCCCGGCAGCUCCUGGCCCAGAGCGACAAGGUGGCGGUGCCCGCCACGCUGGCCCUGACCUACAAGCCCCCCCAGCAGCUGCGGGGCCAGGCGCGGGCCCAGAGCCUGUGGCGGGUGGAGCUCAGCGACAAAGAGGGGCAGCGGGGGCUGGUGGAAGAGGAAGUGGAGACCUUCCUGCGCCUGGGAGCCCUGGGAGAGGCCCGCCAGGUGGCAGUGAAGCCCGGGGGCUGGCGCUGGCGGGGGUCCCGGGCCAUGAGCCUGCACCCGAGGUCCGAGCCGGAGGCCGUGGUGCGAGCCGUGCUGGCCCUGCUGGAGAAGCUGGAGGAGGAGGAGAGCGUCCUGGUGGAAGCCGUGUGUCCCCCGGCCCACGUCCUGCAGCCCGACGCCCCCGGGAAGCUCGCUUCCCAGCCAGAGCUGGCCAUCCGGGCCUGUGCUGUCGUGUGCAGAACGCAGGGCGAUCGGCCUCUCAUGAGUCAGGUGGUGUGCAGCGUGGGCCGGCCAGAGCAGCCCCUGCGGCACCAGGUGGCCCUGACGCAGAGCCUGGAGACUGCCCUGGCGGCCUGCGGCCUCAGCGAGCCCGCCACGGUGGAAGCGCUGCGGGGCCGCGUGCGGGAGGCCGCCGAAGCCGCGUUCGGAGCCGUGCUGGACUUCGAGGCGUCUCUGAGCCCUGAGCAGCGGGGCGGCCGCCAGGCGCAGACCGACGUGCUGGGUGUGGACCUGGCGCUGACGCCCGUGGGUCCGGGAGGCUCCCUGAGCCCCGUGCUCCUGGAGCUCAACAGCUGCCUGUGCCUGGAGGCCUGCGGGCUCCUCGAGGGCCAGUGGAGCCGGCGGGGCCUGCGUUCCCAGUGGGCGGCCGCGGGGCCGCUGGUGGAGACCAUGCUGCGGCGCUCGGCGCGCCACCUCAUGGAGGGCAAGCACCUGCUGGUGGUGGGCGCCGGCGGCUACAGCAAGAAGUUCGUGUGGGAGGCGGCCCGGGACUACGGGCUCAAGCUACACCUGGUGGAGUCGGAUCCCAAUCACUUCGCCUCUCAGCUGGUGCAAACCUUCAUCCACUUUGACGUGACGGAGCACCGGCGGGACGAGGAGAACGCGCGGCACUUGGCGGAGCUGGUUCGGGCCCGGGGCCUGCAGCUGGACGGCUGCCUCUCUUACUGGGACGACUGCCUGGUGCUGACGGCCCUGCUGUGCAAGGAGCUGGGCCUGCGCGGCUGCCCUCCGGCCGCCAUGAGCCUGGCCAAGCAGAAGAGCCAGACGCAAUCUCACCUGCUGCGCUGCCGCAGCCCGCGCUGGCCCGCCCCCUCCCUCUACGCCGUGCCCUGCUGCCCGCUGGAGGGCCCGGAUGACGUGGAGCGCGCCGCGCGCGUGGUGCCCCUUCCCGGCGUCAUGAAGCUGGAGUUCGGGGCGGGGGCCGUGGGCGUGCGCCUGGUGGAGGACGCCUCCCAGUGCCGGGCCCACUUCGCCAAGAUCUCCCAGGACCUGCAGGGGGAGGCCGACCACCCGGGCAUCGGGCUGGGCUGGGGCAACGCCAUGCUGCUGAUGGAGUUCGUGGCGGGCACGGAGCACGACGUGGACCUCGUGCUGUUCUCCGGGAGGCUGCUGGGGGCCUUCGUCUCGGACAACGGCCCCACGCGCCUCCCGGGCUUCACGGAGACGGCGGCCUGCAUGCCCACGGGGCUGGCUCCGGAGCGGGAGGCCCAGCUGAUCCAGGCGGCCUACCAGUGCUGCCUGGGCUGCGGCCUGCUGGACGGCGUCUUCAACGUGGAGAUGAAGCUGACCGCGGCGGGGCCCCGGCUCAUCGAGAUCAACCCCCGCAUGGGCGGCUUCUACCUGCGGGACUGGAUCCAGGAGCUGUACGGCGUGGACCUGCUGCUGGCGGCCGCCAUGGUGGCCUGCGGCAUCCCGCCCGCGCUGCCCGCGCGCCCCAGGCCGCGGGCCUGCCUGGUGGGCGUCAUGUGCGUGGUGUCCCAGCACCUGCAGGCGCUGAGCUCCACGGCCAGCCGCGAGGCGCUCCAGGCGCUGCACGAGCGCGGGCUCAUCCGCCUCAACCUGCUGGAGGAGGAGCUGGUCCCCGGGGAGUACGAGGAGCCCUACUGCAGCGUGGCCUGCGCCGGCAGCAGCCCCGCCGAGGCCCGCCAGCGCCUGCUGGGCCUGUGCCAGGGGCUGGGCAUCGACUCCCCGAACUACCCCGUGGCCCAUUUCUUGUCCCAUUUCAAAUAGCAGUGGGGGCGGGGGGCGGGCAACGCCAUCCUUGGCUGGGAGGGAAGAGAAGGGGGUGGGGCCCCAGGGUGUCCGUCAGCCCCGGGCAGGAGGCGGGGCUCUGCUGAGAGGCGGUGUCGGCCGGGAAGGGGCGGGGCGUCUGCUGGGAAGGGGCGGGGCCUCCGCAGAAUCCGUCCGGGAGCUUCCCGGAGAAGAUAGCGAGGGGGUGGGAAGCCGGAGGGCCUGAGACGAGAACGGGGCGGGAGGGAGAGGAUCCCCGCUCCCUCCCAGCUGUGGCCGGGAGCGCGUCGGUGCGUGGCUCCGUGGCCAAGCCCGAGCCCAUCUUUGCCUCCGAGACGAAAGUGGCGAGGGGAUAGACAGAUCCAUCCCCCGCCCCUCCUAGUUCCCUGUCAGGGGAUAAGAUCGGGGGGUUGGGAGCCGGGCCUUGAAUCCAGACCCUCUCUCGGCGGCCGCUGCGCCUGGCCACCCCCUCACCCACUGUCCCACCAUCCCAUCCCUCCUCCCGGGUCCUCCAGGCCCCAAGCCAGGGUCUUCCCGGGGCCUGAGGUGCACAACGCUUUCACUGGGAGGGAGGCAGCCAUUAGCCCAGGAGCUGCCUUUACCUCUUUCCUUCCUGCAGCCUGAAAUGAAGGCCCCCCUGCCCCUCCUUCCCAUUCUCCAAAGCAGCAACCAUCCAGUCUUCCCCGGCUACAAUUCUCCUGGGCCUUGGGAGGGUGCUGCAGGGAAUCAUGGGUACUCUGGCAGAGACGCCUCUGGAUCACAGAGAGGGUUCUGGGAGGAGAGGGGCAAUGGCCCCUAAGCACCGAGUGGCUGUCAGCGAUUAACACCCCCCCCCUCACUUAGGAACCCAGGGUUCCUUCCUUCUCCCCCUCCUGCUUUGGCCAUCCUAGAAAUCCACAGCAUCUUGGUUUUUAAAGUCUUAUCUUCAAGCCCAGUGUUAAUGACCUGGCUGCCCACUGGGACCAUCUCAGUUCCGAGGAGAACCCCUUCCCUGCUAAAAACCCCCUUAUGGCUGCAGAGACCCUACGUGAACCUAAUGGCUGCAGAGACCCUACUGAACCAACUGCUUCUCAGAGAGCCCAAAGUUCUAGGCUGGAAAUAGGGCCCAGGCCAGUCCCUUCCUUUACUACGAGGCUCAGAGGGGAAGGGGCUAGCCCAGGGUCUUAGUUUAGGAUUUAGCAGGAAUCGACCUCCUACAGCAUCUUAUCCAACCCUCCUAUUUUGCAGAUGGGGAAACUGAGGACCAGAGGACAGGGCAAAGCUAACUAGGGACGUGGCUGGGUCUCCUAGCACAGGGCUUUAACCAGGCUGCCCUGUUCCCUUUCCCGGAGUAUCCCCCCGGGCUCAUCACGGUCCCAGUUCCUCUGGAGGGCCUUGCUCGCUGCCCUCCGCGCUAGUCCUAGGUUCGCAGAAAAGUUGGAGGCGGCCCUUUAAGCCACCGCCUCCGCUGGCUGGAAGUCUCCAUGACGUCACCCCUUCCUUGGCAACGCUCCCAGCAGAGAAGACGUCAAGGGAGCCCUAGCGGGCCGGGGCCCGGGAGGACCACUGCGCCUGCGCCAACAUCUCGGGUUGUUUAUUUUAUUAUUAUUUUUUUUUUAAUUCUCUUGCUAUUUCGCUCAGAGAAGAGUGCCUGGUAAAUAAAGUCUCUGUGAAGGAGUCUCGUCCGGA